AUGGUUCAGGCGUUGCAUAUUCUUGCAACGUUGCUUGCUCUACAACUUAGUUAUGGAGAUCCACAACAUGGAUAUCCUGUUCAUCAUCCUUAUGUACCGAUCGAUGAUUGUGAUCCAUAUCCACCACACUACCCCCAUCCAAUACCUGAACCAUCAUGUGAGAUUCCUGUAAUACCGCAUCCAAUACCCGUACCAGCCCCACAUCACCCACCUCUACAUCCUCUGCCAGUUGAUUCCUGCGAAUUACCUCCAGUCGUAAUUCCACAUCCUCAUGGAGGACCAAUCUGGGAUUAUGAUGAUUGUGACUAUCCCUAUCCUGGGUAUCCCCAUGGCCCCGCACCCCAUUCUCCACUACCACCACAUCUACCACCUCUUCAUCCCCUUCCUUUGCCGGAACCAUGCGAUGUUCCCCCAGUAGUAAUACCACCACAUCGACCACCUGUGCAUCCCCUUCCUUUGCCGGAACCAUGCGAUGUUCCUCCAGUAGUAGUUCCACAUCCUCACGGAGGACCAAUCUGGGAAUAUGAUGAUUGUGACUAUCCGUAUCCUGGAUAUCCUCAUGGCCCAGCUCCUCAUCCACUUCCAUUGCCAGAGCCCUGUGAUGUACCACCAGUAGUAAUUCACCAUCCAUCACCACCCUCACCACAUCGCCCACCUUAUCAUCCUCUUCCAGUUCCUGAAUUAUGUGAUGGUCUACCAGACUGGCUAGAUGCCUGGCCAAAUGAGUGGCCUCGUUAUUUCCCAGGUGGCUGGCCAAAUGAUUGGCCUUGUGAUUUUCCACUUGAUUUGCCACAUGACUGGCCUCAUGAUUUUCCACAUGGAUUACCACACGAUUGGCCUAAUAGCUUCCCACAUGGUUGGCGCCCAAAUAAUUUACCACAUGGAUAUCCCAAUGCUUGGCCCUGUGAUUGGCCUGAAAACUGGAGGGACUACUGGCCUGAUUGCUGGCCUAAUUACUGGAAUGAUUGUGAUCUCCCAUUACCUGGAUAUCCCCACGGACCAUUUCCAUCUCCACGUCCCUUACCACUAGCACAUAAUCUACCGUCCCCACAUCCACUUCCAUUGCCAGAGCCCUGUGAUGUACCACCAGUAGUAAUUCACCAUCCAUCACCACCCUCACCACAUCGCCCACCUUAUCAUCCUCUUCCAGUUCCUGAAUUAUGUGAUGGUCUACCAGACUGGCUAGAUGCCUGGCCAAAUGAAUGGCCCCGUUAUUUCCCAGGUGGCUGGCCAGACGAUUGGCCUUGUGAUUUUCCACUUGGUUUACCACAUGAUUGGCCUCAUGAUUUUCCACAUGGAUUACCACACGACUGGCCUAAUAGCUUCCCACAUGGUUGGCGCCCAAAUAAUUUACCACAUGGAUAUCCCAAUGCUUGGCCUUGUGAUUGGCCUGAAAACUGGAGGGACUUCUGGCCUGAUUGCUGGCCUAAUUACUGGAAUGAUUGUGAUCUCCCAUUACCUGGAUAUCCCCACGGACCAUUUCCAUCUCCACGUCCCUUACCACUAGCACAUAAUCUACCAUCUCCACAUUAUCAUCCUUCUCUACCAGUUGAAACAUGUGAUGUACUUCCAUAUCCACACGGUUCUCCACAUGACUUGCCUCAUGGUUUUCCACAUGGUUGGCCCAACGAAUGGCCCAGACAUUUCCCAAAUGGUUGGCCAGACGAUUGGCCCUGUGAUUUUCCUCGUGAUUUUAUUCCUGACCAUCCUCAUGAUUUCCCACACGGUUUUCCACAUGACUGGCCUAAUAAUUUCCCACACGGUUGGCCUGUACCCCAUGGAUAUCCCAAUGACUAUCCAUGUGAAUGGCCUGACAAUUGGCACGAUUACUGGCCAGACUGCUGGCCCGACUACUGGGAUGGUUGUGAUUACCCCUAUCCCGCUGGCUCAGUUCCUGCUAUACCCCCACCAGCUGAAAACUGCGAAGUCUUUCCAAAAGAAUUUUCAUUUGGAGUAGCUAGCGGUGCCUACCAUAUUGAAGGAGCCUGGGAUCAAGAUUGUAAAAGCGAAAACAUUUGGGAUCGUUGGCUUCACACUUGUCCAUCCAUCGUCGCUGAUGGUUCAAACGGCGAUUUUUCUGCUGACGCCUACAAUCAUAUUAAGGGAGAUAUCGAAAUCUUGAAUAAUCUAACUGUUAGGCAUUACGUAUUUUCAAUCUCAUGGUCUAGAAUCAUAUAUGAUGGAUGUGGUGAUGUUAAUCCCUACGGAAUUGAACAUUACCGUACGCUUAUUAAGCUACUCAAACUUAAUCACAUUGAACCAAUCGUAGUUCUCUACUAUGGCGAUCUUCCUCAAUCACUUGAAGAUCAAGGAGGAUUCCUUUGUUCAUCUUUCGUUGAAUGGUACACUGAAUAUGCGAGAGUUUGUUUUGAACACUUUGGAGAUGAUGUUAAAUAUUGGAUAACUUUCCACAAACCAACCACUAUCUGCAAAGAUGGCUACGGUCUAGGAACAUUUGCUCCUGGUAUAAACGAUGGACCUGGAAAUUAUGAAUACAUUUGUGGCCACAACCUUCUUAAAGCUCAUGCUGCUGCCUACCAUUUAUACGAUGACUACUAUAGACCAUGCCAAAAUGGAAAGAUAUCAAUUACACUUAACUCCGAUUGGUAUGAACCACAAUCUGCUUGUGAUACUGACGUAUGUGCUGCUGAAACUAAACUCCAAUUCCAAAUUGGUUGGUUUGCCCAUCCUAUUUAUCUUGGAGACUACCCAGAAGUUAUGAUUGAAAGAAUUCGUCUUAAUUGCGACUACAACGGUUACUACAACGCAAGACUUCCAGUCUUUUCACACGCAGAAAUCGAAUACAUUAAAGGAACUCAUGACUUCUUCUCCCUUGCCUACGAAUCAGCUUUUUAUGUUACAUGUGCUGCUGACAAUUACUGGGGCAACAUCUGUUAUGAAUCUGAUGUAGGAGUGCAAUUAAUUGGCUGUGAGGGAGAGUUCCUUACCUGCGGAAUAAGAUCACUUCUUGCAUGGAUCAGCAGAAACUACUACAACCCAUCUGUAUUCAUUACUAAUGACGGAUAUGGCACAUGUUCAAGGGACUGUUAUGAUUGCGAUAGAAUUGAAUAUAUUAAGGCUAUCCUUAGAAAUGUCAGACUCUCAAUGAUUGAGGACUACACCAGAGUAUAUGGAUAUACCUACUACAGCUACAUCGAUGGAUUUGAAUGGAACCUAAUUGAUGGAAGACUAGCAGGAUACACCCUCAAAUAUGGUUUAUACGAUGUGGAGUUCGACUGUCCUCAGAAGACACGUACAGCCAGAUCAUCAGCAGCAUACUAUCAACAUCUUGCUUCUACUGGAUGUAUCGAAGAUCCUUGUCCAUCGCCGUACUACUAUUACCAUUACUAG